AUGGGUCGAUUUGCGACGUGCGUGGCAUCCACCGCUGCCAACGCAGAGAACCUGCCCCCGCUUGAGAGGACUCCCACGGUCUCCAUUAUGGAUGCUCUGCUACCGCGACGCAUUGUUUCCAUCAGAAGAGAGGUAAGCGAAGAGCUGGAGGCUCUCAUCGGCUUUCACAUUCCUACUUCACUCCACUUCACUUCUCAGCCAUACUUUACCUCCGCUCGUCUCGACUCUGUCAUGUUCCUCCCUUCAAACACCGCGGGAUCGAGCGUCUCCAGAUCCCCAAGUCACUAAUUCACUUCCUACUGCGUGCCAUGUUCACGCUCUUUCCCUUCUGCAUGUUCAGGCCGAAGGUCUCCGGUCAAUGGGUUGGUUCUGACACAGGACAGUCGCCAGAUCGCAAUGCCGGUGAAGUGCCUUCCGCAGCACAUACCGAAGUGAAGCGCGACAAGCAUGGCAAAAUGAUCAUGGUUCGCCACAAGGGCAAGUCGAACAGCACGCUAGGCAAUCGCGAGAACCGGACGCCAGCCGACCGAGACAAGACUAGCAAGAAUGGCAAUGGCGAUGGAGGCGGCAAGGACGGCGGCAAAUCCAAUGAUGAUGGCGAGAAGGGCUGGACCCCCGAACACGACGCGAAGAUCAAGGAGAUGAAGGCCGAAGGUAAGAGCUGGGCACAAAUCGGACAGGAGCUUGGUGGCCGUACUAAGGCUGAGGCGUCGGCGCGCUUCAAGGAGAUCACCAAAGACGACCCGCCAGCUGUCGGAGGUGGUGAGAAGAAGGACGAGAAGCAAGGCAAAGGCAAGAAGAAUGACGACGAGGCGAAGAAGGACGAGGGCGACAAGGGCGGUGACUUCACGGCUGAAGACGAUGAGAAGAUCAAAGAGCUCCUUGCAUCCAGCACGAGCUACAGAAACAUCGCGGAGGCCCUGGGUAGAACUCUCGAUGGCCCUCUGAGAGAACGCAUCACCAAGCUCAAGGGCGAGAACGGUGCUGGAGGUAAAGACCGAGGCAAGCAGAAGAAUCAGGAGGGCGAAGACACGAAGGGCAAGAACAAGAAUGGUGAAGGCGGCGGGAAGAAGGACGAAAAGCCCAAAGACGACUCCAAGAAAGACACCAAGCACAAGGAACAGAAGGAGAAAGCGUCCAAGGACAACAAGCCUGGUAAACCCGCCAGUAACGCUCCUAGCCAUCGAAGCGAGGCGAAGUUCACCAUGCGCGAAUGGAUGACGCUCCAAGAGGACGAUCUGUUCAGUUUCGGCGAGCUGCAGUUGCUUGCGGAGAUAAUGGCCAGGAAUAGCGACAUCACUUGGCUAGGGGUCGCCAGUGAGUUCUACGACAAGACUGGUCGUCGUGUGCAUCCAGAGGACAUCAGGGAGAAGUUUGAGCAGAUGACCGCGAUGGGCGAGUAA